CAGCCCACUGCAGCCAAAAGCUUCCACAAAUCACACAAGCUUGCAUAGUCUUUCACUGCUCCAUGUCUAAAGCUCCUUCGGAGAACUAGUGACAACUGAAUUAAAUACUUUUCUCCCUCAUUUUGAUUUUUCUUGUUUGAUUUUAGAGUACAGUUUUCCAAUAGCCUUGGAGAUGAGCAAUCAAAAGCAGCCCAUUGAAAUGGAUUACAUGAAGGGAAUCUUGUUAACCAAAGCCUCGUGCACCCUCUGGGAUGAAAUCUGGCACUUCCAGGCCAGGCCCGACGAUCUCUUCAUUGCCACAUAUCCCAAAGCAGGGACAACGUGGACACAGGAGAUUGUGGAUAUGAUAGUCCAUGAUGGGGAUAUUGACAAAUGUAAGCGAAACCCUAUAUACAUUAAACACCCUCUUCUGGAAUGGGUUCUUCCUGACAGCUUCUCUGGGCUCGACCAGGCUAAUGAAAUGCCUUCCCCAAGGACCCUGAAAACUCAUCUCCCCGUGCAACUACUACCUCCAUCCUUCUGGGAGAAAAACUGUAAGAUCAUCUACGUAGCAAGGAAUCCCAAGGACAACAUGGUGUCCUACUACCAUUUCCAAAGGAUGAACAAAGGACUUCCCAACCCAGGAAGCUGGGAGGAAUACUUUGAAAAAUUCCUGGAAGGCAAAGUGAUGUGGGGGUCCUGGUACGACCACGUGAAAGGCUGGUGAGAGAAAGACAGUUAUCCCAUUCUCUAUCUUCUCUAUGAAGAGAUGAAGAAAGAUCCAAAACGUGAAAUUAGAAAGGUGAUGGAAUUCCUGGGAAAGAAUCUAGAAGAAGAGGUUUUAGACAAAAUUGUCUAUCACACGUCCUUCGAUGUCAUGAAGGAUAACCCGAUGACCAACUACAAAACUGAAGAAGUUCACCUGAACCACAGUCUUUCUCCAUUCAUGAGGAAAGGAGUCAUAGGAGACUGGAAACAUCAGUUCAUUGAAGCUCAGAACAAGCGAUUUAAUGAAGACUAUGAGAAAAAUAUGGCCGAUACCUCUCUAUCAUUCUGCUUGGAUCUCUAAACAACAGAGCAAGAA